AUGGACCGGCAGCCGAACCGCCGAACCGGCCGGUCGGCCGCCGCCGCCGCCGCCGCCUCCGCGCGGAACGCCGCCGCUGCUCCCACGCGUCGCCUGGGGCUGGACCGCGCCCGCGCCUGGGCUGUGUGCGCCUGCGGCUGCGUGGCUGCGCCGGCCGGGCCGGCCUGUGUGCUGGGCCAGCUCCGCUGCUGUGCUGCCACCGGCUGGCCGGCCGGCCGUCCUUCUGUGGGCUCGUGCGCUGCUGUGCUGCCAGCGCAGCGAUCCGCGAGUCUGAAAUGGCUCCGAAAGUGUCGAAAUGAGUCCGGAACGUCGAAAAAUGUGGCUCGGCGAACCCCAAAAACAUCGAAUUUUGAUCUUUCCCCGGGGGUGAAAAACGGGACCAGAACGGACUGGGCAGCCGAACCAGCCGGACCGGCCGGCAGGCCGCCCCGCUUGAAUGCGGCCGCGCACGCGCCGCCUGCGGCGAAACCCGCGCCCGCGAUUGGGCUGUGCCCGCGACCGCGCCUGAGGGCGCCUGCGCCUGGGCUGGGUGCACCCGCGGCUGGGCUGACUCGGCCCGCGUUUGCUGCGCGGCUGUGCGCUGGGCCAGCUCCGCUUGCUGUGCCUGCCGCCGGCUGGCCGGCCGGGUCGGCCUUCCGUGGGGCUCGUGCGCCUGCUGUUGCUGCCCAGCGCAGCGAAUCCGCGUGA